AGCAAAUCGGGUCAGGAUUUUUAGUGUAAUCCUGCUGACACACACACAAACAAGCAGCGGGGCAAACAGAACCUCUGUGGUGGAGGUGACCAGGGACUGCUCCAGUUACUAUCAACUACACUCAGUGCCGGAGAGAAGCGACACUUUUAUCGUUUUAUUUUGAAAGGUGCCCUCCUCUUUUCCGGUGACAUCGGCCCGAAUUUCCUCCGUCUUGACGAACCUCACAGCUCCAGCGGCAGGGAAACACACCCGUCAGCAGCGCGCACUGGAGACAAAAAAGCGCAUCACGGACAAAGGAAAUAUGGGUGCGCUGGAGAGGAUUCACCUCAGCCGGGAAACACAAUGGAUGAGCCGCUUCUGUUUCAUUUACCGGGAGACCAAUUAGCCCACCUUAAUGAGGUGCUGGGAUGCAAGAUACUGCAAGCUAAAAAGGCGGAAGGCUGCGUUUAAUCCGUCUGCGGAUCCUAUGAGCUUGCAAUGGCUGUGGCGGGGAUAUGCAACUGGAUAGGGAAUAAUGUGCCUUUUUAUUUUGUGAUAUUUUCCUUAUUUUGUGGCCUUUCGUUCGGACAAUUGCGAUAUUCUAUAACGGAAGAACUAGAAAAUGGGGCACUGGUCGGUGAUCUGGCGCAUGACUUGGGGCUGGAUAUUCGAAAGCUCGCCACCCGAAAGAUUAAGGUAACCUCCAACAGCGGCAAACGCUACGUGAUUGUCAACCCCAAAAAUGGCAAAUUACUCGUCAAUGAAAGGAUCGACAGGGAAGCGCUGUGUGAUUUAUCCAGCACCUGCCUCAUCAAUCUGGAGGUGCUGGUCGAAAACCCCACCGAGGUGCACCAUGUCGAGGUGGAGAUUGUGGAUGCCAAUGAUAACGCGCCGCAGUUCCCCAGAGAUGAGUAUCAACUGGAAAUCACAGAGUCCGCUUUACCCGGGUCUCGGUACCCGAUCGAAAACGCGCAGGAUCCGGACAUCGGGUCCAAUUCAGUUCGUAUGUAUCAGCUCAGCACAAACGACCAUUUCGCGCUGGUGUCCAACAAACCUUCCCUCAACACAAAGCACAUCGAGCUCGUGCUCAAAAAGCCCCUUGAUCGUGAACAGACGCCUUACCACCAGUUAAUUCUCAGUGCUGUGGACGGAGGGACGCCAGAGAAAACAGGCACAGCUAAAAUCAAUGUCCGGGUCCUGGACUCCAAUGACAACGUCCCUCUGUUCGACAGCUCAGUGUACAAGGUGAAGCUGCUGGAAAAUUCACCCAAAGACACCCUGGUAAUUAAACUGAAUGCAACUGAUCUGGACGAGGGCACGAACGGAGAGGUGUACUACUCCUUCAGCAGCUACACUCCAGAGAGAGUGAGGCAGAUGUUCAGCAUGGACACCAACACAGGAGAGAUCAGAGUGAGGAACAAUGUGGACUAUGAAGAGACCAACUCCUAUGAGAUGUACAUCCAGGCGAUGGACAAGGGCCCCGGGGCCGUGGCAGCGCACUGUAAGGUGGUGGUGGAGGUGGUGGAUGUGAACGACAACGUCCCUCAGAUCGUGCUGUCGUCCCUGUCGAGCCCGGUGAGGGAGGACGCCCGCGCGGACACAGUGGUGGCCCUCAUUAGUGUGACUGACCGAGACUCUGGCGCGAACAAGCAGGUGAGCCUGGAGAUCCCAGCAGGCCUCCCCUUCAAGAUCAAGUCAUUCAGAAAUUACUACACCCUGGUUACCUCAGCUUUUCUGGACCGCGAGACCACUGAUGCCUACAACGUCACUCUGAGUGCCACAGAUGGAGGAAACCCCCCCCUCUCCUCCCAGAAGACCAUACAGGUGGAUGUGGCGGAUGUGAACGACAACCCGCCGCGAUUUGAGCAGACUUCAUAUACGGUGUAUGUGGCUGAGAACAACGCCCCUGGGGCCUCUCUGUGUACUGUGAAAGCUCAGGACGCAGACAUCAAGGAGAACGCUCGCAUCACCUACACAGUGCUCAAUGACAACAACCACGGCAUCCCUGUCACCUCCUAUGUGUCCGUGAAGGCCGAUACUGGGGAGGCGUAUGCCCUGCGAGCCUUUGACUAUGAGUCACUGAGAGAGUUUCACUUCCAGGUCAAAGCCCAAGAUGGGGGCAUUCCUCCGCUCAGCCGCGUCGCCACCGUCUACAUCUACAUAAUGGAUCAGAAUGACCAUGCACCGCUGAUAGUCAACCCUCCUGGCAAUGGCACGCGCUCCUUGGAGACGGUACAAAAGAACGCAGAGCCUGGGGCCUUGGUGACCAAAGUGGUGGCGUACGACGCCGACGCUGGUCCAAACGCCUGGUUGGUGUACGUGCUGGAGACGGCCACUGACCUGGACCUGUUCAAGGUGCACGAACACACCGGGGAGAUCAGAACCACCCGGAGGAUCCUGGAGGACAACUCCACCUCCUUUGCUCUGACGGUCGUGGUGAAGGACCACGGGCAGCCUGCUCUCACCUCCACGGCCACCAUCAACGUGGCCGUCAUGGAGGUGCCGCCCAAAGUGGUUCCAGACCCCAAGAGGAUCAUCCGACCUCACAGCACACUGCUCUUCUCCAACGUCACCCUCUACUUGAUCGUGGCUUUGAGUGCCACCACCUUUGUUUUCCUGGUCACUGUGGUGGUGCUGGCCAUUGUCCGCUGUCACGCCUACUGCACCCAGCCUGGGUCCUGCUCCCCCUGCUGUGUGUCACAGAAGCCCCCUCCAGACGGUGGGAGCAGCAGCGUCAGUGCUGGUGGGGCAGGCGGUGGUGCGGCCGGGGCACAACCUAAUAACAAUGUGGUGCUCCGUAGAGACCUUAAAGUGGAGCCUCACUACAUCGAAGUGCGUGGGAACGGCUCCCUCACAAAGACUUACUGCUACAAGACCUGCCUGACAGCCACCUCCGGCAGUGACACUUUCAUGUUCUACAACACGGGACGUCCCAUCAGCGGCACCUGGGGCAGCGGUGCCGACCGCUUCUUCACCAGUGGAAGUGGAUUUGUACGCAGACUGAGCAUGCCUGAUGCCUCGCUGCAAAUCUGCCCAGAGCCAAAAGCCCCGAAUGCUGACUGGCGAUAUUCUGCAUCUUUGAGGGCAGGGGUGCAGAGUUCGGUCCACAUGGAGGAGUCCUCUGUGAUGCAGGGAGCGCAGGGGAUGCUCGUCCAGAACUGGCCCACUGUUUCAAGCGCUGCAGAUGGUGAGGGUGGUGGGGAGCUUUCACCUCCAGUGGGCGCUGGAGUCAACAGCAACAGCUGGCACUUCAGAUACGGCGCCGGACCAGGAUACGGUCCUCCCCAGCCCCUAAAGCCUGGAGAGAUUCCUCCCGAAGCCUUCAUCAUACCUGGAUCCCCAGCCAUCAUUUCUAUCCGCCAUGACGCCGGGCCUGUGGACGACAAAGGUGACUUCAUAAGCUUCGGCAAGAAGGAGGAGGCCAAGAAGAAGAAAAAGAAGAAGAAGGACAAGAAGGACAAGAAGGAUAAAGGAAAGGAUGAUGGGGGUGAAGAAUAAAGGAGGAGGGGGGCCUGAAAACAGAGCUACCAACAAACUAUCAUCCCAAUUUCAGAGCCAGAAAAAAAGCUAAAUGCAUAUUGUAGAACCGAGGGAGCCUCUUUGCACCAUAUUUGCAUAGACACUGUACAGUGGCCAAUCCCUCAUUAGACCAGGUCUGGCUCCCCACAUCAUCAACCUUCCUAAACUAACGGUUCUCUCGCUUUCUUUGGCCCAAAACUUCAGCCAAAGUUUAUGAUAAACAAAAGUUCUUAGCUAAACUUCAUCUGAAGGCUGGACCAAAUUCAAACAGAAAGCCAUUUAUUGGAUUACACUAGCCUUUCUGUGAUUUACUGCCCCCACCCCAGUUUGUACACUGACAAACAAAAACACCUGAAAAGGUGUACUAUUUGUAUCUGACCAUUGUCAGCUGAGGCUGCCCGUGUUGGCAUCUCUGUCUUUAUGCAGCCCCCUUACUUUUUGACUCACCUGGUUGGAGGUGAAGUUGAAGCCAAACUAAAAAAUGAAACAGAGGCUUUUGUCUUCAGUAUUAUGGAGACCUUGUAGAAAUCCAGAUAAUGUGGUCUUUUGUAAGAAAAAUGAAUUAAAACUGAAAAAGUCACAACAUACAGUAUAUGUACCAUGAGAUUAGCACCUUUAAGAGAACAGGGUGGCUGAGAUAAACGGGACCACACUCUGAUAAGAGCUCUGUUUCAGUGUAACAUAGCACAUUUCUGAGGCUGAGGAUCUGGACUGGGUUGCACCAACUAUGCGCAAGUUUGUUCCCAGGUUAUUGUAAGUUAAUUGUAAGUUAGUAAGUUAAGUAGUGGCUUCAUGACUGCUAGUUCAUUUGCAAAUAGCAAGUUUCUAAAUUGGACUGUACCACAGGUACUAACGGGGGGGAAUUCUACAGCUGUGCAGUUAUAACAUGAGGGUUUGCAAUGAGUAGCUGGUCAGUGAGAGCUCCACCUUCGCUGAUGGGUACAAACCUCUUUGAUUUGUAGUUACUACAUUGGCAUAAAAAUUGCGAUUGGUAAGCAGAAUCCAUAUUUGACUCUUAAAGGACAACACUGUUUUUUGCAUGUUUUAGUCCAUUCUCUACAAAUCAUGUUAUAACUCACAUCACUGCGGACCAUUUCCCACACAGCACACUGUUGUGUUUUGGGAUGUAUUUUUCCUUCCUUCCAGGCAGCCAUUGUUUCUUUAUUUAUUGUACCAUAGCACAAAAACAAAUAAGCUGAGACUGGAAACAAUUCCGCAAUAAGAAAUCCAUCAGAGUGAAAGCAGCAUCUGGUUUUAUUGUUGUUUCAGUUACAUUUUCAUCACAUGCUAAUGUAGCUCGGGUGCAUCACAAUAACGUAACUCUGCUAAACUGAAACACAGGCCUGAUGGGUUACAUAUGUCAAGCAAGUCUCAGCUGUUGAUUUUUACUCCGUGGAACUGAAUGGGAACCAGAUUGUGCCUGAUGAAAAAAAAAAAGAAGGAAAGACCCAUUUAAAAAUAUAAGAAGUCAAGAGGACACUAGUUGAAGUGUAAUGUGUAGUAAAUGGACAGAAACAUUGAAAAUCACUGCUGUCGUCCUUUAAGUUGCAAAAUGGCAUGAGACUACUGAAGAAAACGAUACGCUGUGUGCAGAAAAAAAAGAAAAAAAUCCUGCUUUACUGUUAGUGAGUGCAUCUGUGUGACUUUGUAUCAUUUGCACCUGCUUUAUUGCUUGCUUAACUACUUAGUUGUUACUUGAGGUUAUGUUGUAACAGAUUUUUGUGGUGCCACCGCUUCUAUUUUAGCAACGCGUGAAUCGGGAUUAGUGGCUACUUGGGAUAUAACUAGGGAACCUACGUGCAGCUGAUGCAACCGGCCCCUCACCUUGCCUCUUCUCUCGGAACAUGGCACAGGUCAACGGGGUCUUAAUCCCACUGUGUAUCAGCACAGCCCAGUCUGACACACACAAACACUGACUUUCUCUGCCUCUUACUCACACAUACACACAAGCAAACACACACACAGCGCCUCUUCCUCUCUCUCUCACACGCAGACAUACAGUACAUACCAACAGUAAGAGAACACACACCCCUCUGUGGAAACUCCAAAUCCAAGACUGAAGGCCAGUGCCACCCUCAAUAUGGGAGUGUAUUAUAUGGCUGGGACACAGGAACGUUGCUUGUUGCUUCAUUUCUGUUCAAGCCUGAUCCCUCUAACUUCUGUCUCUGAAUGUUAAAUAGUCGCCCUGCACCACUGCCUCAGCUGCUUCAGUGCUUGUAGGAUUUGCUUGCCCGCUGCCUGCUUCCUCCCUCUACUCCUGUUUCUUCAGAUCAACAUGGUUGGACAACAUCUUUCAAGUCACUCUCCUUCAAUGAACUGUGCAGUUGCGACAAAGCAACAUUUGUGUAUUUGCAUAUUUACACACACAAUACACACACACACACACACACACACACACACACACACACACACACACACACACACAUCUUUUGUUAGGUUCAACUUCAACUGAGCUUAGGCGCUUCAGCCAGAGUGUGUCUUCUGAUUGCUCACUGUUGACAGCUCUGUCAUCUCUCGCCUCGGUUCUAGGCGUCGCAUUGUGAGGACAUCUGACAGGUUAGCAAAGACUGAGAAUAUGCUGUACUGGAUAUAAUGAGACAAGAUGAACAGGGUGAAAGAAGAGUCAGAAAAAGCAAAAAAAAAAAAAAAAAAAAAAAAAAAAAAAAAAAGCAGUCAGUGUCGUGUCGUGUGCAGCUCCAAUAUAGAAGAUUGGGCAAGUCAUUCCUCUUUUGCACAAACAGUGGUAUUCUAGUUAUUCCUGUGUCAGCUAUUAGUGAUAAUUGAGCAACUUGGGUCAGCUAAAACCACUUAACAAGAUAAAUGCAGUGCAGUUCAGCAGCAGUGGAAAGAUGGUUGGUGGUUGACUUGGAUGGGGGGGGGGGUUCUCCUAUGAGAUAAUGGAGGAGAAACACACUGUUAACAUUGUUUAUGGUGCACCACCGCGAGGCAACAACAUGAAAGACAGCACCAGAAAGUAAAAAUAAAACAGCUGGGAAGAUCUGACAAUGAUACAUUCCUUUGCGUAAUUGCUGCACAUAAACAUUAGAAGCAAAGGCUGCUGGGAAGUGCCAUGUCCAAGAAACUUUAACAAGUUGCAGUGACCCAAGUGUGAAUUGAUCAACUUUAUUUGACCCCGAUAUUAUGAAACCCAGAUCCAGUGUGGCACAGGCAGGGUACUGAAGGCAGUGGAGACUGGAAGAGCAUCUACAUGAUGAAACAUGUCAUAAAACCUCACCUCAGUGUUCCUCUUUUUAAGAACCAUCGUAUUACCAGUCACAGUAGGGGUGUAUAGGUGCUGCUAUCAGGCUCAAUCCCUCCCAUGCACACAUUUCUCCCCCCCCCCGCCCCGUCCUUCAGGUGUACUUCUGUGCUGUCAGAUCACCAAGUGGCUGUUUGCAUGUUAUAAGCAAAGGAAACAGAUACUAUAUAGAUACUAUAUAUACAUAGAUAUGUUUUUCCACUGGGAAAUGCGUAUUGGAAUACAUAUACCUCUGAUACACAUUCUCAAAGACGAUACACGCACAUUGAAAGACCCACACUCAUCUACACACAUAAAUUCAUACAUACAUGUACUCUAUUGCAAACAGUAAUUUGUAGAAAAACCUGAAAGAAUCACAUUUUUUAUCCUGUUGAAAAUGAAUUUAAUCUUCUAGAUAUACAUAAUGCUAUUGUGUUAUGCUAAGAAAUGCCUUUUUUCUGUUUUUACCCUUUUGAUUUUCAUAGAUAAGAAAAACGAUUCUUUAACUUGUGUUAAGCUUUGAGACGAUGAUCAAACAUCAAACACUGUUGUGAAAUAAAAUCAUUUACUCACCCUCCAUAUCUAUUCCUCGCCCAGUAGAGAAAAAGCAGAAAAACAAGGAAAAAAAUAUCAAAAUAUAUAAAAUGGUCCAAAAAAAUAAAGUUGAUGUAUUCUCUGCUUGUGUAUAGUGAAUGUUCCUCAGUCGCUGGGUGUGACACAGGCCAGUCGACUGUGACAGUGCAGAUCUGUUAAUAACUUUUUUGUACACCUGCUUAUCAUUGUAAAGGUGAUAAUAGUGAUUCUUAUGAUUUAAUCAAUCUGGUAAUGUGUUUUGUUUAUAAGUCACAAAUAAAGUUUUUCUUAAAUAUCUUAA